AUGCUGCGCUCUGCGAAGAAUAUCGUGAAAGGGUACUCCGAUACGGAGGUGUUGGUGCGUGAUGCCACUGCUAACAAUUCGACGAACCCGAGUAGGGAGCUUUUGGACGAUUUGGCGGACAAAUCUUAUAAUUCUGUCGAGUUUUUCGAGAUUCUGGAUAUGCUCGACAAGCGUAUCAAUGACAAGGGGAAGUACUGGAGACAUGUUGCCAAAGCGCUUACAGUUUUAGAUUACCUUGUCCGGUUUGGGUCCGAAAACUGUGUCAUUUGGUGCCAGGAGAAUCUGUACAUUAUAAAGACUUUGAGAGAGUUUUCCCACGAGGAUGCUGGGGGAGAGGACGAAGGUAAGAUUAUUAGAGUGAAAGCUAAAGAAUUGACAUCGCUUUUGAUGGAUGAGGAGAGGUUGAAGGAGGAACGGGCUAUGAACAUAAGACGUCGUGGCGGGCCCAAGAGGCGUAGCGGUGGGUCCAGGGAGAGGAAUAACCGCAGUGACGAAGAUCUACAACGAGCAAUCGAAGAAUCCAAGAGGACAGCGGAGGAGGAAGAGAGGCGCAGACGGAAUGGCGCAAGUAGUGAAGCAGACCGCCAAGCGGCACUGCAGCUCAGUAGAGAGGAGGAAGAUCUUAGAAGGCUACAGGAACAAGCGCGUCUUGCCCAACAGCAACAACAACAGCAACAACAACAACCGAUGUAUUACGAUGUGUUUGGUAAUCCGAUCACACCGGAAGAAUAUCUACAGUUUCAACAGCAGCAAGCAUUAUUGGCGCAACAGCAACAACAACAGGCGGCUCUAGAACAGCAGUACUGGGCGCAGCAGCAACAGAAUAUGCUAGCUCAGCAACAACAACAGCAACAACCAUUAUAUGGAAUACAGCAGCAAACUCUACCCACAGGAUCAAAUAAUCCGUUUGCGUUAAAUAAUGCAACACAACCAAGUGCACCUGCGAGUACGACUGCGGCACGCCCUGCUGCAAUUGAAACCCCCGCUACACAGACAAAGCCGUUGACCCAGACAAGAUCGGGCAAUCAAGCCAUAUCAGACAAAUAUAGUGCGCUGAACAACCUACUGGCGUCAGGUACAGGUAUUGACACGUUUGGUAAUACGGGGGAACAAAGAAUCCCGGCACAACACACGCAGACUGGUACGUUCAUAAACUCGCAAGGUACAGGCUACAGACAAGUUAACAACGAUGACAAGCCUAAUCCGUUUUUGAACGGGCAGUACACUGGGCUACCAAGCACCAACAUCGUGCCUACGCAGACCGGGUUUGGAUUUGGUAACCAAGCCAAUUCGAGCGGUACCAAUAACAAUAACAACAAUAACGGGACAUUAGUUGAUCUGUAA